AUGAUAAAAAUAAAAUUCAAAUCUUUUUUGAUAUGUUAUUAUUUAUUUUUCAUUUUUGUUAUUUUAUAUUUUCUUCAAAUUAAGAAUGUUUAUGGAUAUGGAGUUACAAAUACAUUAAGAUGGAAUGGCGGAUGUAGAAAAUUUUCGAGAUCAAAACAAAAAAACGGAAUGAAAACCGGAAUGAAAAACGGAACGAAAAACGGAAUGAAAACCGGAAUGAAAAACGGAAUGAAAAACGGAAUGAAAAAUGAACAAAAAAAUGAACAAAAAAAUGAACAAAAAAACGAACAAAAAAACGUACUUAAUAAAAGAUAUUCUAUAAAAUGUGAAGGUGAUAUAAAAAAACAAUGUUGUAUAAUAGGAAAAGAAAAAAUACCAAAUAAAGAAGAUUUAAAAACAACUCGAAAUAUAAAAAAUAAGUCUAACAGUUAUUUCAAAUCAUUAUGUAAUAAUAAUGUGUUAAAUAAAAAUGUCGAGGAAAAUGUAAAUUUUAAUGAUGGGGUCAAAAAUUUUUUUGUUUUAAACCCGAACCCUAAUAUACUAUUUCUAAUUAAUAAUAAUAAUAACCAAUUUGGAAAAAUAAAUAGCGAAAAUUUAGGGGAGUCAAAAAAAAACGAAAAAUCUAUAAGUGAAAAUAAAAAAAAAAUCCGUCUUAAAUUAAAAAGAGGAUAUUUAAAUGAUGUGUAUAAAAUUGAAAAGAACAAAUUAAAUACCAUUUUAUUAUCUUUUAAUGAUAAAAGCAUAUUUAAUAAAAAACAAACAAAUAUAAAAGAAAAUAUAUUAUUGUUAAAUGGACAAACUGUUAAAACUGAAGUAGUAAAAGAAUAUCUAUUUCAUAAAUUAAGAUUAGAAUAUUAUGAAAAUAUAAGAGAUAAAAAAAAAAUAUUAACUUUAGAUUUAUGGUCUAAAGAGAUUAAUAUCCCUAUUGAUAAUUUAAAAAAAUUAAUUAUUUAUAUUUAUAAAAUGAAAAAUUUAAUUCAAAAAGAAGAUGAAGAUUUAUUAAUAAAAACAUAUUUUUACAAUAAAAAAAAUAUGUUUUCACUUUUUAGGAAUACAUAUAAUAAUGAUGGCAAAGCAAAUAGCGAACCCUUUAAUUUUAAAAUUCCAGGCGAAGAUGAAAUUUAUGAAAAGACCGAACAAGGAGAAAAAAGUGGGCGGAAAAAGGAACCUAAAAAUGGGGGAAAAGGCAAUGAAAAAAGUUAUGAAAAUUGUGAAAAUUAUGAAAAUUGUGACAUAUUUGCAGACUAUUUUGAAAACCACGACUCGAUUUUAUAUAAAGAUUGUGAAAAGCUAAUAAAUGAGCAAGUUCAAAAAUUUAUGGAAUAUAUUAAAGAUAUAGUGUUUUUUGAAAAUUCAAUUUAUAUAUUAGAAAAAUUAGAAAAUAGACCCCCAUUAUUAGAAGAGUUAAUUUAUGCAUAUAAUUAUCAGAAAGAUAAUUUUUUAAGAAAAUUAGAAAAUAAAAUAAGAUUAUCUCAAAAAUUGUUAAUAUAUUUUAUACCUUUAAUAAGUAAUAUAGUAAGAAAAUCUGAAAUGAAAUUAGGUAACAGUAAUUUGAGUGAAGAUGACUUUUUAUUAGUUAGUUUAGAUGCUGUAAAAAAUGGGUUCAAAAAAUAUGAUGUCGAAAAAUUAGGAAUCAAAAAUUUAACAAAAUAUGUAUAUAUGUGGGCAAAAAAUAGUACUUAUAAUUAUUAUCAAAAACAUAAAUCUUUUGUAUCGAUUUCUUCUCAUACAUAUAAUGAUUAUAAUAAAAUAAAUAAAUUUGAAGAAUCAUUUUUUGAAAAAAAUGAUAGAAAACCAAAUAUAAAAGAAAUAAGUGAUGGAUUAAAUAUGAGUGUAGAACGUGUAGAAAAAGCUAUGACAUCUAUGGUUAAUAUUAUAGAUGCUGAAAAACCAAUUACAUAUCAAAAUAGUGAUUCUGCACAUCCAGAAAAAAAUACUUACAAAGAUUUAAUUGUCAAUGCAGAUGAUAUUUACAGUUUUAAUGAAAUUAUGUAUAAUGACAUUGUAAUAAAAGCAUUACGAAAAUUUAUUUCUAAAUCUUUAAAAAAAAAAACAAGUAAAUUAAUAAUUUUUAUGAAAUUUGGACUUUUUUUUAAAAAAAAAAAUUAUUCUGAUGAAGAAAUUUGUCAAAUUCUUAAAAUUAGUAAAAAAAAAUUUAAUAAAUAUUUUCAAGAUUCAAUAAUACAAAUCAAAAAUUUUAUUAAAAAAAUUAAAUAUAAUAAAAAUAAAAAUGAUCCAAGUUGUGAUCUCACAACUUAUUUAAAUUUUUCUCAAUAUGAUUUUAUGGGAAAUGAAUUUUCACAAAUAGAAAUGUAA